GUUUAUGCGGCACUCAAUCGAACAUCUCCUGUGCAGGACAAAAUAGUUUUGCUCUCGUUCAUCGUAGCCAAAAUCAAAUAGGCAAAAGAAAAUAAUGAACUGGGAGGGAGAAGAAACUGAAACUGGACAGCAGAAGCAAACUUGCCAUAGAGCUAUGGAGACCGGACGUGAGGGCCGGUAUAGGAAACGGUGUUGGUGUGAGAGCGAGCCCACGGACCGGACGGCGCGACGGAGACUGGCGGGGAUAGGGGUGAGGUGGUGUGACGAUGACCUAAUGAAGUCUCGGUGGAUAACGGACGGUGACGUGAUCUACGGUGAGGCGAGCGCGGAUUGGCGGCAGCUGGAGGUGAAUCGGUGAUGGCGCUAGGACGAGUUGGUGCGGCGAGCAGAGGAGGCAGAUGGGGCGAUGUGCGGAGGAAGGUUGCGAAGGAAAAGGGAUGGCGAUUGAUUUGCGCGUGGAAGGAAAUCGACAAUCGAGUGCGUGAUUUUUCACCGGUAACCCCGUGUGGGUGUGGUUAUUACCGAUUUGUAGCCCGUUACUGUACUUGCUCUUAGGUUGGCGUUUUGCUUUAAGAUUGUGAAACGCCACGUGUCAUUACAAGAGAGGAGGAGAUCAACGAAAUGGCAGGUCUCGUAAUUUUUCUUUUUUUGCUUCCGCCGCGGCGCCACCCCCGUCCGCCCGUCCCUUCGCCGGAAGCGGCGACUUCCAACGGCGUCCUCUCCUCCUCGGCGCCGCGGCCAUGGCCUCCUCGCCCGUCUCGCUCUCGCGCCGCCACCACCUCACCCCGCGCCCCGCCGCCUCCACCUCCACCUCCCUUCGCCGCUCGCGCCUCCCGGUCGGGUGCGCCGCGGCUGGCCUGCGCCGACAUGGACGACGACGGGGUCUACAUCCGCUGGUGCGUGGAGCUGGCGCGCAAGGCGGCCGGCCACACCAGCCCGAAUCCCAUGGUGGGCUGCGUUGUUGUCCGCGGCGGCCGCGUCGUCGGCGAGGGGUUCCACCCCGAAGCCGGCCAGCCCCACGCCGAGGUAUUUGCUCUGAGAGAUGCUAGGGAUUUAGCAGAGAAUGCGACGGCUUAUGUGAGCUUGGAGCCCUGCAACCAUUACGGGAGGACACCUCCCUGCACCGAAGCACUCAUCAAUGCCAAACUUAAGGAUGUCGUGGUUGGGAUGACUGAUCCAAAUCCUAUUGUGGCAUCCAAGGGGAUUGAAAGGCUCCAAAGUGCUGGGAUUGAUGUCAGGGUGUGUAUGGAGGAAGAAGCGUUAUGCCGCAACCUAAAUGAGGCUUAUAUCCAUUGCAUGCUUACUGGGAAGGCCUUUGCAACUUUGAGAACUACGCUCUCUGUGAAUGGAGUCGUCGUAAAUCAAAUUGGGACUGGAGCUGAUCAACCCGGAGGGUAUUACUCACAGUUACUGAAAGAAUAUGAUGGAGUCAUAAUUUCAGGCAUUUCGGUCAAUAUGACUACCUUGCCUACAUCCCAUGAAGCUGGUGCAAAGCAGCCUCUUUAUAUCAUCAUAGCACAGGGAGGAAAUUCCCAAUUAAAUAUUCAGUUUCUCAGAGAAGAAUGCGCAUCUGAGGCAGUAGUUCUGACUGACAGUCCUGUCACCGUGAAGCCACCAGGAGUUGAAGUUUUAGUCCUUGAUCGGAUGAGCUUGGAGUUCAUUCUUGAAAUUCUCGCCCAGCGAGGGCUAUGUAGUGUGUUGGUGGAUUUUAGGGAGGCUGGAGGAGACUUUGCAUAUCUUCUGAAAAACUUUCAGGAGGAGAAGCUGGUACAGAAGGUUGUUGUGGAGCUCCUGCCUAUCUGGACAGUGACCAAAGCCUCAAAGGGCAGAAGUUAGAAAAAAGACUGGGAACAUGGAUGGUGGAGGCCACUCUUCAAAGUUGCGGAGACUGAUGAACUGGAGUUGCUGACAAGAAGACUAAAGGACUGCUGUGCUGAACUGCGAAAUGCUAGAACUGGGGUGGGUUAGUUAGAGUUUCUUACGGUCUGGUACUUUGU